GUCCCAGGUUUGGCUAAUGUUGACUUUGCAGAUGUGCGAGCUAUCAUGGAAAAUGCAGGGUCAUCUCUAAUGGGAAUAGGAACUGCAACUGGCAAGACCAGGGCAAGAGAUGCUGCAUUGAAUGCCAUUCAAUCACCUUUAUUAGAUAUUGGUAUAGAAAGAGCUACUGGGAUAGUCUGGAACAUAACUGGAGGAAGCAAUCUCACUCUAUAUGAGGUAGGCUUUUAUUCAUUAUUUCAACUUACUGGGAAUUCAUGCACAUUUAUAUGGGGCCAUAAGUGAGGCUGUCUAACUUUUGUAUGUUGUCACAUGGAUCCCAAGAAUCA